UGGUACCCCAAAUAACCUCGCUAGAAAGGUCAUAUUCACUCUUGUUGGACGCUAAAGUGAUGCAUGACCAAUUGCGACUAUUUUUUUGCCAGUCUCGGCGGUAUAAAUACUAUGCUUCGGUCUCUGGGGUUUCCUGUCCGAGAAACAACCGACCAAAGGGUUCUAGUGUGAUAAGGUUCCUCCGCUCGAGGAGAGAGACGAGGCUAGCCACAGUCACGAAAAAGCAGUCCGACCUGUCCCUCUGACAAACAACAUCUGACGACUGGACGAGUCGUACGAUUAACCACUGCACGCCUGCAGUUGCGGGCUCCAAUUUAGCUAUUUUGAAAUGACCGAAGUUCAGGCUCGUGAGCCUGGCACAGCAACGAACAGCGCCGAGUUUGCGAGCCUUCUCUCCCUGCCUUUUGCAGCGCCCAUCAUGAGCACCGAACAAGCUUCACAAUCACCUCAUAAUCCUUCUUCUCCUCCUCCUCCUCCACCACUACCUGAGUCUCAUUCACCGCCUCAACCUCAGCACCUCAGCGAUGAUGAGCAUCGAUCUAAACGUAUCAAAGUCGAGGAAGGCACUGAAGACCAGGGUGUCUCUGCUCUCCCCCCAGCCUUGAACUCGACAAAUGACCCUACCAACUUUCCCUCCUUUGAGCAAUCUCAUCACACGCCGGACGUGAAUGAAGAAGCGGACACAACACCGUUAGGCAAUGGCGAGCUGGAUAUUGCAGCACUGGCCAAUCAGGCUGCCGAGUCGGCCAUUGCAGAUCUGGGAAAGGCAAUGGAGUUGGGAAUGGCCGCCAGUGAAGCCGACAGUCACGACACAAAUCACUCUCAUAAUGAAUUUAAAUACCACACCGACAUCACUCGACCGCCUCCUUCAUCCGAGAUUGAUUUUUCUAGCGCUCCAUCUGAUCCAACAGAACUUGCGCUCUGGGUUGCAAAGCAGAUUAGCAAUAUCGGCAACGAGGAUAGAGACUCAAUGGGGUUCGACGAUGAUGCGACGCGGCGGAAGAUGCUCUCGCAUCCUCCAGCUGCUUACAACCGUCGAUUUGACGACGAUGAUGACCCGAUCAGAGCCGCAGAACGGGAGAGGGUGAGGGAGGAGAAUCGGGAAAGGAAGCAGCGUUGGCGCAAAAGUAAUUAUGAAAGAAACAAGGACAAUGACCUUCGCUGCCGCAUCAACAGACGAGCAAAGAAACUCUAUGGCAUUGGCCAGUCCCCCGAGAAGGCUGCGUGGAUGGAAUCGGAAUUCAAUAAGAGACGCACCAAACGCGAGACCAAAGAGCAGAUUCGUUCAUAUGGUAGCGAUUCGUUCACCGGCUUUUCUCUUUCACCCAAUUUUGGCAAUACUCUAUUCCCUGCGCCUGGUGUUGGACCUAACGGUGACACCAACGCCGCCGGUCUUUUGUUGGCCAAUGCCCUGCUUGGUGUUGGCAAGAAUGGGGCUGGUCCUAACAUCGAAGCUGCCAAUGCGCUCAAGGCCGCCCUUGAAGGAGGAUCUGUUGACCCGCGGCCAUUCACUGAAGCAUUACGUACCAUGGCCUCGAAUCCUGAGAUCAUGAAUGGGAUCAAUGCCGUGCUUGGGUUGAACCAGGAUGACGAGGGGGAUACUAAUAGUGGUGACGAGAAUGGCGACUCGAUCCUGCCUUCCACGGAGCAACGAGCCCUUGAUCUGUCAGAUCAGCAGCCUGUAGAAUUUGAUGACGACUCGAGCGAGAUCAUUAAAGCACUCAAUGCCGCCACAGCUAUCCUGAAUGAAAUGAACGAAUCUCAUCUAGAUCCUCCCACCAAUCGGCCACCGGAUCCAAUGCCGACGAAUGGAUUUACUGCCAUCAACGACGUGAAGCCCGAGCAGCCCGCCUCGACUGCAAAUCCAGCAGCCAGCAAUGACCACGGGCUUGAUCAGUCACAGAUUGAUGCCCUCCUUGCAUUGGCAAAUGGAGGCACACUCUCUGCCGAUCCAGACGAAAACGCAAUCAUUGACCCGCACUCGGAGCUAUCGGCGCAUGAUAAUGAUCAUUCAACCCCUCAACCUGACAGUGACAUCAGUGCCACCCUUCAGCGCAUCGUCCAACAGCUCAUGGCUGAGCAGAAUGCACCAACCACAGAAAGCACUCCCAGCACCGAUCAUGGGUAUUCGGAACCGCAUGACCCCCAUAGGCAGCCUCCCGUUGCCACAAACGGACAUCAUUUUGGUGCAAAUCCUCAAGCAAAUAACCACGCUGCGACACUCUCGACACUUUUGAACGGUGGCGGUAUGUCUAUCAAUACCGUCAUUCCUGCUGCCCAAAGCCAUGCCACUUCUCAAUUAUAUGCCCGACUUUCUAGCCGCGCUCGAUCGUCUACGCCUUCAGGAGGUGGAAUCAAUCCUGCUCACGCAAGUGCAUAUGGCAGCACUGCUCAGAUGAACCAGCGGAUGCGUGCACGCCUGAAUGCCACCAACAGGGCUCUUCCGAAUAUUCCUACUGGCACUCCCAAACCAAGUAGAUUCGGUGCUCCCCCACCUGAUACCCCUCAACGGGCAGCCGAGUCCAAGAGAAUUAAAAGUUUUGGGUUUCCUCCUCUGCCUGGCAACCGCCUGGGGCUUGCUCGAGGGACUCCACAACACUAAAGGCAGGAUAUUUGGCCCAAAAUUCGCUGAUAGCGUGGGUGACAAGGACAAAAGAAGAGUUGCAUCAAUGUGCGCUUUGAGCGAAUCGGUUUUUUCUCAGCUUCAAGAACGUCACUUUCAUGGUGCAGUCGAGUUCGCCUAUCCAAACACACAAUUUUUCUUUUCUUUUAUUUUGAAUGCAUUUCUUUUUAUGAAAUCGAGGAACAAUCGGGAAAAUACUGGCGCUUUGGACUGGGAAAUAGCAUCUUUGAAACUUUGAGCUAAUCUGGCUUUACGGAGUUGAUUGAACCGCCGCCUGACGGCUUAGCACAUUCAAAGAGCAUAGCAGAGGCGCAUUUUAGCUUUAUUUUGCUUAAUUGACUUCAUGCAUACAGCGCCCGUCCAGGGGAGCUGGAAUACAAUGGCUUUUCACUUUUUAUUGCAGCUCGGAGGCAUAGCGUUACAAUGAG